AUGAGCCAUCCUGUCAAGACUUGCAAGGUUGAAGAACACAACGCCAUGGAAGAAAACCUCAAUUCACCUCUUCAACAACUCGAAGCUGCACUUUCCAAUCCAAAAGAGUCAUACGAUUUCGUGUCCCGAAAUGGAAAAAACCCACAGAUUUUACCUUACUUGAUACAGAUUCUGAUCGACCCUUCUUAUCAAUUCAAGAAUGAACUGAGGACUCAAGCAGCGAUCAUGAUCAGAAAUGGAAUCGACAGUUGGUAUCGUAAGAUUAGUCCAAACCAAUUACAACCUCAAGAGAAAAUCGACUUGGGACGAACAUUGGUCGAUGAGAUUCUGGCCAAAGGCGAGAGUGAUUCAGUACUUCGAAAACAAAUCGCUUUAAGUGUGGGCAAGAUUGGAAAAUGGAACUUUGACUCUAAUUUAUCCAACCUUUUCGAAGUUUUGAUGCUUCAUAUUGGAAACGUUUUCACCAAUGCGUCUUGGUCGAAUGAUCCAACAAAUUUCUGUAUCUUGAACGGAUGUUUAGGUGCAGUUUACCAAAUCAUUCAAAACAUGAUCACAAACCGGUCCAUGCGAGGUCAGCUUCUUCUUCGUGAAGUGACACAGAAUCAUUUUAUAGCUAUCUACGAUGUUUAUUCCUCAGUGCUAUCUAGUUGGACUACUUCUAUCUCUCAGCAAACCACUCUCAACCUAUCUGUGCUAUUUCAUUCUCAAAACUCGAUCGAACUUUCGAGAGUUUGUCUUAAAAUCUUGGGACAACUCGCCACUUAUUCUUGGAGAGAGCCGCAUAAGGAAGAGCUUCCUACGAAUUUUCAUGUAUUCAAGUAUGGCAAAAUCUUUAUCAAGAUCUUUGAUCAAGAUUCACAACUUCUCAACAUCAUGGCCAUUCGUGAAUGUCUCAUGCAAGCGAUUUGGAAAAUUAUAGAAGAGGGGGGUAUGAACGCCGAUACAAUAGAUGACGAAUCUACGCCAGGGUACCUGGCGGUCUUGCCCGAAAGGCUAUUGAUCCAAUCACUUCAGAUUAUGACCCAGAUAGCGAGCAUUGUCUCACCGUCAAUUCCAAUAAGCGCCACUCCAGCUAUGGAGUUGGCUCAAAUUGUCCUCACUCGACUUUUACCGCUUCGAAAGCAUUCCCUUGAAUUUUGGGCCGAGGAUCCAGAGAGUUACGAUAAUGAAGAGAUUGCUUUAAUGGACAAUGUCACUUUUGAUAUUCGAAGUACCUCAGCUAAUCUCUUAUCUCGUCUCCUGAUGAUCUAUCCUCAAGAACUCGUGGGGAUCAUCCUUCGGCUAUACGCUGAACUUCAAGCAUUGGUCUUUUCUAGUAAUUUGAAAUCUGUUUUACAAAUGGAGGCUAUAUAUUUGGCAAUUGGGCUAUCCGCAACGAAGCUUUUGUCUCCCGGGUCGACUUGUAGUUCUGUGCAAUGGAUCAAAGAGCGAUUCAUCCCUUUGCUUUGCUUGACUGACUCAGACGGACGAGUGCUUCGCCGAAGAAUUGCAUGGGUUCUCGGGCAAUUCGCGAAAGAAGAAGUAGAUCUUGAUACGCAAAGUGGCAUAUAUCUUGGAAUCAAUUGCCUUUUGGAAAACCCAAAUAACGAUAUUGCUACGAAACUUGCGGCAUGUCGCUCUUUAAAACUGACAGCAAAUUGGGAGUCACCUUCGCAAGGUGUUCAUCCCAUUCUGACCUACCUGGGUAAUUACAUAGGCCAGAUAUCCACAUUGUUUACGUUGGUGGAAAAUCUAGACAGUCAAAAAGUCUUGACGGAAACUUUGGGCCUGGUGAUUGAAAAAGCAGGAUCAUCUAUUUGCCCUUAUGCAGCUCAGCUUACAAACCAGAUGACCGGACUCUGGCAGCAAGUCGGAGAGAGUCCCAGUAGGUCGAACUCGGCUAGUCAUCUACAUAAUGCGAUCUUAGUAACGAUGGCAACACUUGCGUUGGAGAGCGAUUCGCACAGUCAUCAUGACAUGAUUUGUGUCCUCGUUGAAUAUUCCAUCAAUCCCGACAAUCAGGCCUCGGUGUACCUUCAAGAAGAUGGCAUGAUUCUAUGGUUGACUACCCUACGUCAAGCCACGUCGCUUACUCCUCAACUAUCCAACUUGUUGCCCAGACUGAUCGGGUUAGCAAGGGAUGCGAACGAUUCACUGGCUAUUGUACUGAAGAUUUUGCAGUCAUACAUCUUCCUGGAGGCUCCGCUUUUAGUCGAUACAUGUGGUUCGGCUUUAGCAGUGACGCUGUCUGAGCUUCUUCAGAUUGGAAACCUUGGCUAG